AUAUGCUCAUUAGACGGCAUAGCUUUCACCUGGGUCAGUCAGUUUUUGAGACGAAGACAGACUUGGGUAGUCAACUAAUGGGGAAAAAAAGCCUGUGUAUUUAACAGCUAUAGUGUAAUCUAAUGAAAACAGGUGGCCCUCUUCAUUCAGACAGACUCUCCAUUUGGACAACCGAGGUUAGAGCGGGAGUUUGAAACAAGAUGAAGAUUGUACUGGCCGUGGCACUCGUCCUGCUGUAUGUCUGGCUUCAGAAUGCCCACAGGUCUGAUGUCAUCCAACCAGGAAGUGUUUGUGAUCAGGCUCUACCUCUGGCCAUUUCCAGGCUCCUCAUCUUCCCUCUCUCUGUCUACUCCUGGCUGGUCUCUGUGAUGGUUGAACUCCUCUUCUCCCCUCUUUCUGUCUACUCCUGGCUGGUCUCUGUGAUGGUUAAACUCCUCUUCUCCUCUCUGACCCUCAUCUCCUCCUCCCUGUAUUACACUGUCCUUCUCCUGCUGGCCGGGCCCUGCUGUAUCGCCAGCUUGUCUCUGUCUGUGCUAGUGUCCUGUCUCCGUGUAGUUAUCUACAUGGUUCACCUAGUGUUGGUGCUCUGUGCUCUGGCAGUGCUCGCCAUCAUGACUCCACACAAAAUGGCCGACGUGAACGGACCCAAAAUGGCCGACGUGAACGGACCCACAAUGGCCGACGUGAACGGACCCACAAUGGCCGACGUGAACGGACCCACAAUGGCCGACGUGAACGAGCUCAAAAUGGCCGACGUGAACGGACCCAAAAUGGCCACCGGCGCCACUGCUCGUGACCAAACGUUCUACGACCAACUGAAGCUGCAGCUCCGAGACUCGGACAGAUCUGGGAUCAGUGUUGGGUCGUAAAGGCUUCACAGCGAGGCCGAGGGCAUCGUGUUAAGUCUGAAAUACAGUUGAUCAGUGUUUUUUUAUUUGUUAAAGAAUAAAGUCCCUUCCUUUGUAUCCUUUAGCCUGUUUUGGUGAACUUUAG